GGCCAUGCCCGAGCAGCCCGCGCUACCCGACGGCCACGAAGGAUACCUCCUCAAGCUCCACGCGACGACGUGGCGGACGCGCUACGUGGUGCUCGACAGCGGCGUUUUGCACUUUUACAGCCAUCGGGGCGAGGCCUACCCGCGGGGCCUUGUACUGCUCCCAGGCUGCGUCGUCGAGGUGACGCCAGAGCGCUCCCCGAAUAGCGUCUGUAUUACGCACCCAUCAGCAACAAGUGAAAUUUGCCUGGCGGCUUCUGACGCGGCAUUGCUGGCUGCUUGGGUGACCAAGCUACGAGCUCAUGCGGCGCACGCGCCGCGACGAGUGUCCACGGGGCAGAAGGAGCUCCAAGCACGCUCCAUUGAUCUUCCGAAGCUCUGGACCGAGUCUAGCAUUGUCGUGGCGCAAAAGUACGAAUACCAGAUCAAAGCCAUGAUGACGGAUCUGGCACAACAUCUCUUUGACGCGAGCCGAUGGACGCUGGUGACAUCCGAGGCAGCACUGCGCAUCUGGACGUCCAGUAACGCGGUCAUGAGCAAAACGACGAUCCACGAGACGCCACCUGCCAUUCUCCAAGUGCUUCUAAGUCCCUCGAGCAUGCUGCAAGUGGAUACGCAGCUCAGUGCGCUUCAGCUUCUCUCGGCUGUGGACCCGCACACGUCGGUGCAACACGCGCUGCACAAGGCAUUGUUUCCAACGCCUCGCAAAGCGUGUGUUAAACUAUUGCACUGGCGCCUCUUGCCCGACAACUCACUCGUCGUUGUGAGCCGGUCGCUUCAAAAUUACGCGCUUCCAGCGGCGCUGGAGGACGUGCCACGUAUGGCGCUACACCUCGAAGGCUUCCAUAUCGUGCCAGCGCCCGACAACCUCAGUGCUGAUGUCACGUACGUACUCCAGCCAGAGGCGCCGAGCGUACCAUUGGAAGUCUUUGGCACCAAGAUAUGCCAACUGCGGUCGGUGGUGCAGUCGCUUAGUGGCCCCGUCGCCGUCGCACCACUGCCUCCACCACCGGCGCAUGCCGCCGAGGUCGAGGCGUCGCUAACGGCGCUUCUCUCUGCUUUUGACGCUGAAGCAAAGCAAUGGACCGUACACGGCGAGCGGGACGGUGUCGCAGUGUCGUACAAGCCCGACGGCGAUCUCGUCGCGGUGCGCGCCCAUGGACUGCUCCCUUUCCCAGCCAAAGACAUCAUGUCCUUUGUGUUGGCUGUCCACGACAGACCGGCGCAUGACCCGCUCUGCGUCAUCGCUGAGCGCGUCGCAACCUUGGAUGCGCAUACGACCAUCGAUUACGUCGCGUACAAGCCGGUGCUUCUUGUGUCCGGUCGCGACUUUGUAACGCGCGUCCACUCGCGCGAGCUCAACGACGGGUCGAGUGUCAUCGUCGCCACCUCAACGACCCACCCGCUGUGUCCGCUCCGCGAACCCGACACGAUUCGCGGCCACGUGCACUUGGCGGGUUGGCGCAUCAUACCACGCAGUGCGUCACUUUCCGAGGUGUGGUUUUUCGUCAAAACCGACCUCCGCGGUUCAAUUCCCGCACGCAUCUCGCAGCGUGUGCUCAUCGACCAAGGCUUUGGUAUGUUGGAUGUUGCCAAAGCACUUGCGGCCAAAACAAAGAUGGCGGCGGCGCCAGUUUCGCUUCCGACGACGCCAUCCGCUUUGUCUCUGGACAGGUCACCGGCGCGGCCACCGCCAACACCGCAAGACAUGACGUUGCUGGGCCUGGCCCAGUUUAUGGCUCUGUUUCUAAGCCUCUUGUACGCCGCGCCGGCACUCUUCACAACGUACUUGGUCGAUAUCCUCCACGACGUUUUCGUCUGGGGUCUGAUUGCGUGGAUGUGCGUGCGACUCUACCUGGGCCCGGCCACGGACAAUGUCCACCACGCUGGCUACGGGCACAUCUAUGCCGGCGUCGACAUUGACGUCACCGCGGCACUGGCGUUUCUGCAAGAGCCGUCGCAGAAAGGCGUCAACCUUCGCGAUGUGGUGGUAGCCGCAGUCGCCCGCGUUCUUUGUUCCAUGCCGCAUCUCAACAGUCAUAUUGUGCUCGGGAAGCAGUACCCAUCGCCGACAAUCGACGUCACGCUGGUAGCUCGCGGCCAACACGACGAAAUGCUCGAGCCUCUGCCCCUCCACGAUCUCGCCACCGCCACUGCCCACGGUGUCGCAGAGAACGUGCGCGCUGGCUUGGCCAAGCAGCAGAGUGACGGGACGAUCGCUUGUCGCCAGGCGUGGGCGCGGUGGCUGCCAUCACCAGUGCGACAGCUUGCACUGCGCCUUGUGGCAUGGCUUAGCCAAGGACUGAAUCUCGACUGUACACGUGUGGGCGUCCCGCGCCGGGCACUUGGCCAAGCCCUUGUCGUUGAGCUCGAUGACGCGUACAUUCCGAUUGCGCCUUGGAUGCACGUGCCGCUGUUGGUUGUCCUCGGACCGCCGACGAAAAAGCCGGUCGUUGUCGACGACCAAACGGACGCUACAUCGAAGCAAGCGACGUGGGCCGCGUCACAGCUCUUCUUCGUGCAUACGUGCGCGAUGCCGCGACGCAUUCGACCACGGAAGCGUCGACGACACAAAGCUCCCAGCUGA